CACAAAGACAGUGCAGGUGGAUGAAAAUCUUCUGGGGUCUGCUUAUAGCUCGCUGUAACUCAGUGAACAAACACAAACCCUGGAUUGAGACAUCCUAUCAUGGGAUCGUAACGGAAAACAACGACACUGUGAUUUUGGAUCCUCCCCUCGUUGCUUUAGAUAAAGAUGCGCCUGUUCCUUUUGCAGGUGAAAUCUGUGCUUUUAAAAUCCACGGACAAGAAAUGCCCUUUGAAGCCGUUGUGCUAAACAAGACAUCCGGAGAAGGUCGUCUUCGAGCAAAAAGUCCGAUUGACUGUGAACUGCAGAAGGAGUACACGUUCGUCAUCCAGGCCUACGACUGUGGAUCAGGACCGAGUGGAACAAACUGGAAGAAAUCUCACAAGGCCGUGGUCCAUAUCCAGGUAAAGGAUGUCAAUGAGUUUUCACCAGCUUUCAAGGAGAGUGCGUAUAAGGCCACAGUGACAGAGGGAAAGAUCUAUGAAAGUAUACUACAGGUAGAAGCCAUGGAUGAGGACUGUUCUCCACAGUACAGCCAGAUAUGCAAUUAUGAAAUUGUCACGACAGAUGUUCCUUUUGCCAUUGACAGAAAUGGUAACAUCAGAAACACUGAGAAGCUGAGCUACGAUAAACAGCACCAGUAUGAGAUAAUGGUAACUGCUUUUGACUGUGGGCAAAAACGCGCAACCAGAAAUGUCUUAGUACGAGUUGACGUCAAACCAGUGUGCAAACCAGGCUGGCAAGACUGGAACAAACGUAUUGAAUACAAGCCUGGUUCUGGCAGCAUACCUUUGUUUCCCAGCAUUCAUCUAGAAACGUGCGAUGGACCAGUUUCCUCGAUACAUACCACCAUUGAAUUGCAGACCAAUUACAUUGGAAAGGGCUGUGAUCGUGAGACAUACUCAGAAAAGUCUCUGCAGAAACUAUGUGGAGCAUCUUCGGGUGCCAUUGAUCUGUUACCGUCUCCUAGUGCAACAACCAACUGGACAGCUGGCCUCCUCAUGGACAACAAUGACAUGAUUUUUAAGUUUGACGGAAAGCAAGGAGCCAAAAUUCCGGACGGAAUAGUUCCCAAGAAUUUAACUGAUCAGUUCACCAUCACUAUGUGGAUGAAACAUGGACCUAGCCCAGGAUUAAGAGCCGAGAAAGAGACUAUUCUCUGCAACUCUGAUAAGACAGAGAUGAACCGACAUCACUAUGCCCUGUAUGUGCAUAACUGCCGGUUGGUGUUUCUGCUGCGGAAGGAUUUUGACCAGGCUGACACCUUCCGCCCAGCAGAGUUCCACUGGAAACUCGAUCAGAUCUGUGAUAGAGAGUGGCAUUACUAUGUCAUCAAUGUUGAGUUUCCCGUUGUUACCUUAUACAUGGAUGGAACAACCUAUGAACCUUACCUUGUGACCAACGAUUGGCCUAUUCACCCUUCGCACAUAGCCAUGCAGCUAACAGUUGGUGCUUGUUGGCAAGGAGGUGAAGUCACCAAGCCCAGGUUUGCUCAGUAUUUCCAUGGCAGCCUGGCCAGUCUUACGAUCCGGCCUGGCAAAAUUGAGAGUCAGAAAGUGAUUUCCUGUUUGCAGGCCUGCAAGGAAGGUCUGGAUAUUAAUUCUCUUGAGAGCCUUGGACAAGGAAUAAAGUAUCACUUCAACCCUUCCCAGUCAGUCCUUGUCAUGGAAGGAGAUGACAUUGAGAAUAUAAAUCAAGCUCUCCGAAAGGUCUCAUACAUCAACUCCAGACAGUUUCCUACCGCAGGUGUACGGCGUCUCAAAGUCUCAUCUAAAGUCCAAUGUUUUGGUGAAGAUGUCUGCAUUAGUAUCCCAGAUAUAGAUGCGUAUGUAAUGGUGUUUCAGGCCAAUGAGCCCAAGAUUACAAUAAGUGGGAUGGACCACUUUGCUAGACCAGCUGCACAAUUUGAAGCUGAAAGAGGUGUUACUCUGUUACCUGACAUCAGGAUUGUCAGCACUGUCACUGAAAUGGAGUAUCCAGUGGACUUUAAAGAAAACGACAGAGCCAACGAGCCAGUCGUAUUCGAGGAAACGCUUCACAACCUGGAUUUCUGUGAUGUUUUGGUCAUUGGCAUGGAACUAGAUACUGAGAAAGAGUGCUUAGAACUAGAUCGUGAGGAGCUUCAGGGAAAACAUCUAGAUGCCACCAAUUCCACAGCAGGCUAUUCGAUCUACGGUGUGGACACCGUGCACAACUACGAACAAGUUCUUCAGCAGAUUCGGUACCGUAACUGGUACGCUUCUGCCGCCUUUGACAGAAAGUUCAGAGUUAAAUGCUCAGAGCUAAAUGGGCGUUACACCAGCAAUGAAUUUAACUUGGAGGUUAAUAUUCUACACAGCUCCAACUCCAACUUUAUGGACCAUGUAAAUCAUAUGAUAGUAGAGCCACAAUUUCUCCAGGCUGUCCACCACCCAGAGGGCAGCAUAAGUGGUCCCCACAGGUCAGUUGUUCCAAGCGUGUCAACUGUCAUUAUCGUAAUCUGUGUGAGCACACUCGUUUUCAUCGUAGCCUUGGGGGUCUACAGAAUUCAAACAGCUCAUCAGCACAGCUCCACAGACAAUGAAGGAAGUAAAGAAAACGAAAUGGACUGGGAUGAUUCUGCUUUGACUAUUACCGUCAACCCCAUGGAGAAAUACGAAAAGCCUCACCAGGCAGAAGAGGAGAGCGAGGAGGAAGAAGAGGUAGAAGAUGAAGAGGAAGACACAACCAGUGCUGAAUCAGAUGAAAGUGAAGAGGAGGAGGAGGAGGAGGAGGAGGAAGAGAUUGUCCAAAAGGGAGCCAAACAGAAUGCCUCCAGGCAAGAGCAGUUGGAGUGGGAUGACUCAGCGCUCCCCUAUUAAGAGCCCUCCUGCCACUUGAUCCUUUUGUAAACACCAAUACAAUGUUUUUUUUCAGAAUCUGUGAGUUCAUUGACAGGAUGUGAACUUCUGCUUGCCUAUUACUGUUUUUGCCUAAAAUGAUCUUGUAGUAAUUGAUAAUGAUAGAACUGAUCCUCUUCCUGGGUGUGAGUUACAAAGCCUGGAGGAAACACAGUACAAACAUACUGGCAUCACCGAUAAUAAAGUAAUCUGGAACUUGAUCUGUUAGUUUAAUCCUCAAUUUCCUGUUUCUUUACCAUAGAUAUGUGCCAGAAGUCCUGUCCCUCACUCCAUAGAGGUUUUUUGCCUUGGCUGUUUUUUCAUAAAGGAGGGAUUUCAGCUUGUUACAAAGAAUUACUUGUGUGGGUCCAAAUAACAGUUGCCAUUUGGCUUCAUACUCUUACCUGCGUAAAACACAAUCCACUUAACUUUCACAUUAGGGCAGAGUUCUAGUGCUACCGGUGACAGAGAUGGAAUUCCAUUUGUCUUCUCUUCUUGGAUGUUAACCGUCUUCUGCAGGGGGUUACUUAGGACUUGACAUGGGAAGCAUGUGUGCCUGUAUAGAAUUGGACAGUAUAUUUUUCAGAAAUGCUGUAAGGAUCCUGAAGACAGGGGUUUUAUCCAAGCCACCCAUGGAAACUUGGCAGAGAGUUUUUAAAAAAAAAAAAAAA